GUGUAUGUGAGAUCAGUUGUAUUAAAACGGGAGUAAAGAUAAUAAGACAAAAACAAAGAAAGAGUUAAACAUUAUUAAAAUUCUUAUCAUAAGAUGUCAAUAUUAUCAUAUUUUCUUCAUAUUCAGUUAUUCAUUGAAAGAAAACUUUAUUUUUAUUCUUUAAUAAAAUGAAGAAAUUUCUCUUAUUGAAUUGUGUCACAACUGUGAAUGAAUAGUUCCAUCCAUUUUCCUAAAAGUUUACAUUUGUCACCUGCUGAAUGAAUGAAACUUAUAAAUUUUGUUGCUAUUGGUUCAUCUUCUGUUUGUCUUGUAAAUUAGUCAAGAGACUCUUAUUGUGUCGGCACCAGUAUUUGAUUAGAAAAUGAACGGCUAUGUUCAAGCGGAAAAAAAUGAGUAGACUGGAACGUUUUUGAUCAAAUUAUAGAAUCACAUACACUUGUGAAGGAAAUUUGAGUCUAUCUCAUAUGUAUACAAAAGAACAAAAAAAAUAACAGAAACGAAAGACGAUUUCAAAUAUAUAAAAAAGAGAUUAUAUGUUCAUUUGAUCUUAUUGUUUCUUUUAGAAAUGUUACGAAAUGUUCAAAUUUAUCAUGACGAUGAUAAUACUUUUGAUGCAAUUACAAUUGAUCUACAAAGAGAUCAAAUUAUCAUUGGUGCAAAAAAUUCUAUAAUUCGUUUAUCUAUUCAUGAUUUUCAUCUAUUGGAAAAAUUUAAAUGGGAAUCAACAACAAAUGAUUUAAAUACUUGUCGAAAUCAAAUUCAAUCACUUAAUGAAUGUGAAAAUUAUAUUCGUGUCUUAGCACUCCGAUCUCGUGAUCAAUUAUUAUUGACAUGUGGAACUAAUUCCUAUCGUCCAAUAUGUACAUGGCGCAGUCCAAAUUCUCUAUCAACAAUAAUUCCAAAUGAGAAUUUUAUUUCUGGUGAUGGAAAAUCUCCUUAUAAUAGUCAAUUUCCAUCUACAUAUGAUCUAAUUGAUACUGGUGAAUUAUAUUCUGCAACAAGUAAUGAACCAGCAUUUGGUGCCAAUGAUCCAUUAAUACAAAGAAGUUUUACGACAGACGGAAAACAAUUACGAACACAACAACAUGAUUCAAAUUGGUUGAAGAAUCCAUAUUUCGUUCGAAUAUUAAAUAUUGGUUCCUAUGUUUAUACAUUUUUUCGUGAAGUAGCUCUUGAACAUCUAUCAUGUGGACCAAUUGUAUAUUCUCGUGUUGCUCGUGUAUGUAAAUAUGAUGAUGGUACAAUGAAAUAUAGUGAUACAUUUCGAUCAUUUUCAAAAUUACGCUUAUCAUGUUCAAAGAAUAUCACUAAUGAUAUAACUUCGUUUGAUUACAAUGAAGUACAGUCAAUUUUCUUUGAUCCUUCAUCAAAUUUAAUAUAUGGUGCUUUUAAUUUACCAAAAAGUGGCUUAUCUGGAUCAGCUAUAUGCAUCUAUAAAGUUAAAGAAUUAGAAGUUGCAUUUACAUCUUCAUACUUAUCACAAAAAUCUAAUGAAUCAUAUUGGUUACCAUCUUCAUCAAAACAAGAAUCUGAAAAGUGUGAACCAAAUCAAUCAAGUAAUAUUCCAAGUCCAUCGGGACCUGUUCUUCGAUCAGAUGUACUUCAAUCAUCGUUUGAUGUACUUACAUUAGAAAAUAUUCGUGUUGGACAUUUAUUAGUUGAUCAUUUUAAUGGUAUAACAAUUGUGUUUGUUAUUACUUUCGAUGGUUUAGAAUUACGAAAAUAUACAUUAAUAAAUAAUCAAUUAUGUUUAAUUGAACAAAUUCAGUUAAAACCACCAGAUAUUCUAGACAAUCAAUGGAAAAUUAAUAAAGCAGAAUUUAUUUCUGAAAAAAAAUUAAUAGUAAUGACAACAACGAAAUCAGUUAUAAAGAUUCCUGUUGCACGUUGUGUUCGUUUGAAUACAAGUAAUUUAUGCAUCGCUGCUAUGGAUCCAUAUUGUAUAUGGGAUAAUAAUCAACAACAAUGUAUAAUAUAUACAAAUUCGUCCUCGACAUAUUCUUUCUCACAUCGAUCAUUGUCAUGUCCUAUUCUUAAUACAACAAUUGAUGGUGGUUGGACAUCGUGGUCAUCAUCAUUUAUAUGCGAACAAGUAACAGGUGAGAAAUGUCAAUGUCGUACAAGAACAUGUACACAACCAAUACCACAAUUUGGUGGAAGAUUAUGUCAUGGAUCAAAUGUUGAAAUAGAGAAAUGUGAAGUUCAUGGGGGUUGGUCUCCAUGGAGUGAAUGGAGUAUGUGUCCAAAAACAUGUGGAAAAUCAUUUCGAUCACGUACACGAACAUGUACAAAUCCUGAACCAAAAAAUAAUGGUCGAAUAUGUGUUGGAUCAGAACGAGAAGAAGAAUCAUGUCCGGAAAUUAUUUGUACAAAUGAAUCAUUACGUUUAAGUGCUUGGAGUGAUUGGGAUACAUGUUCAAAACCAUGUGGUGGAGGAAUACAAAAAAGACGAAGAACUUGUUUGAUUAAUGCAAAUAAUUGUUCAGAAUGUUUAGAAGAAACACGAUUAUGUCAAGAAUCACCUUGUCCAAUUCAACAAGCAACAUUGUGGAGUGAUUGGACUUCUACAACAAAUCCUAUGAAUGAUGGUUCAAUAGCUGAAAAACGUACUCUUUUUAUAUGUACAAUUAAUUCAUUAUCUAAUAAACAAUUACCAGAAAUAAAAUCAGAUACAGUUAAAUAUCGAGUAUGUGAUACUCAUGCAAUUAAUGAUUGUCAAGAAACAGAUUCAUUAGAUAAUAUACAUUUUGAUAAUUGGUCUUCAUGGUCUGUUUGGAGUGAAUGUUAUCCAUCUUGUGGUGUAUCAGGUUCAAUUGAAACUCGUCGUCGUACAUGUUUAGGAAAACGUUGUUUAGGAAGUGAUAUUGAAAAACGUGAAUGUUUAUCAUGUCAACCAUCUUUAA